CUCCAUUCCACUCGUGGCAAUGUCUUAGUACAACUUUACAGCAACCCACUAAAAAUUUUCCAAGGACCAAAAAGGCUCCCAGACCCAAACGCCAAAUCUGCUACUACUACUCCGUAUUUAUUUUACACCCAACACUAACAUCGCACCACUUGUUCAUCGUCUCUUUUUUUGUUUUUAUACAAAUAAUUUAAUUUUUAUUAAGACUACAUUUUGUAGUUUGAAUAAAAGUUUGAAGAAAAAGCAUGAAUUUUGGAGGACACGGUGGUGGUGGGUAUGGCGGAGGAAAUGGUGGUGGUGGUGGUAAUAGGGCUCCUUUAUUGAAUCGGCAAGGCUAUAAGAGAGAGGAAUUGACAGACCUAGAGAAUGGGGAUACACCGGCUGCAAAUGUGGGAUUUUGUAGGGUUCUUUCUCUGGCAAAACCUGAUGCACCAAAACUAGUUAUAGCUACAGUUGCUCUAUUGAUUGCAGCCACAUCAAACAUAUUAGUGCCGAAGUUCGGUGGAAAAAUAAUUGAUAUUGUGUCAGGAGAUAUCAGUUCGCCAGAGCAGAAAUCUGAAGCUCGGAAAGCAGUCUACAGCACCAUACUAGAGAUUGUCCUGGUUGUUCUCGUGGGUUCAAUAUGCACAGCAUUGAGGGCGUGGCUAUUUAAUUCUGCUAGUGAAAGGGUUGUUGCGAGACUGAGAAAGAGCUUAUUCUCCCAUCUAAUUUGCCAGGAAAUAGCUUUUUUUGAUGUUACUCGAACAGGAGAGCUUUUGAGUAGACUAGCUGAAGACACUCAAAUCAUAAAAAAUGCUGCUACAACUAAUCUCUCUGAAGCUCUGAGAAAUUUAGCAACCGCAUUUAUUGGUCUUGGUUUCAUGUGUGCAACAUCAUGGAAGUUAACAUUGUUGGCAUUGGCUGUUGUGCCUCCAAUUUCUGUUUGUGUACGCAAAUUUGGCCGCUUUCUUCGUGAGCUCUCGCACAAGACUCAGGCUGCUGCUGCUGCUUCAUCUUCAAUUGCUGAGGAAUCUUUUGGUGCUAUCCGUACAGUGAGGUCCUUUGCGCAAGAAGGUUAUGAAAUUCAGCGGUAUUCGGAGAAAGUUGAUGAAACUUUAAACUUGGGACUUACACAAGCUAAAGUUGCAGGUUUAUUCUUUGGAGGACUAAAUGCAGCAUCCACCCUGUCAGUUAUUGUUGUGGUGAUAUAUGGAGCUAUCUUAACUAUCAAUGGUACUGGCAUGACACCUGGUGCUCUAACAUCCUUCAUACUUUAUAGCCUUACAGUUGGGUCAUCUAUAUCUGGACUAUCUGGAUUAUACACAGUGGCGAUGAAAGCUGCUGGAGCCAGUAGGCGUGUUUUCCAACUCCUAGACCGAACAUCAUCCAUGCAGAAUUCAGGAUCUAAGUGUCCGUUAGGUGAUCAAGAUGCAGAAGUAGAAUUGGAUGAUGUCUGGUUUGCAUAUCCUUCCCGCCCAAGUCAUAUGGUUCUACAGGGAAUAACGUUAAAGCUGCUGCCUGGUUCAAAAGUUGCUCUUGUUGGUCCAAGUGGUGGUGGAAAGACAACUAUAGCACAUUUGAUUGAGAGAUUUUAUGAUCCUACCAAGGGGAGGAUCUUGCUGAGUGGGGUUCCACUCGUAGAUAUAUCUCACAAGCAUUUGCAUAGCAAGAUAAGCAUUGUAAGCCAGGAGCCUACUCUCUUCAACUGCUCCAUAGAAGAGAACAUCGCCUAUGGUCUAGAUGGCAAAGCCAGCACUGCUGAUAUUGAGAAUGCUGCUAAAAUGGCAAAUGCACAUGAAUUUGUAUCCAAGUUUCCAGAGAAGUAUCAAACUCAUGUUGGAGAACGUGGAGUUAGGCUAUCAGGCGGUCAGAAACAGCGGAUAGCAAUUGCAAGAGCUCUACUGAUGAACCCAAAAGUACUACUUUUGGAUGAAGCUACAAGUGCCCUUGAUGCUGAAAGUGAAUACCUUGUGCAGGAUGCCAUGGAUCGCUUGAUGAACGGAAGAACUGUCCUUGUGAUAGCACACAGGCUUUCGACUGUCAAAAGUGCAGACAUUGUAGCUGUUAUAUCUGAUGGUCAGGUGGUGGAAAGAGGCACUCAUGAUGAACUUUUGGACAAGGACGGCAUUUACACUGCACUUGUGAGGCGGCAACUGCAAGGACCCAAAGCUGAUAACUAACAUUGAAGAUAAUAUUAACUUACUAUUCAGACAAUACAAUUUUCAGAAUUUCUAUUUUUGUAUUAUAGGUCUUUUAUCUGCCAUGCAAACUGAACAAGUGAAGCUUAUUUUUCUGGCUUCCACAUCUUUAUAACAGGCAAUUUCUGUCUUUAGUCAAA